AUGGUUGAUGGCCCUGUCUCUAUCAAGAAAGUCCGAUUUCGGAAGUGGAGAAAACCUCCGCAAUAUUUAUGCCAUCGCUGUGGGCACAGUACGUUCAUUGCUUGCCUGGUAGGAUUCUACAGCUGCCGGUGGAAGGAUUACGAGCAGAAAACAAUUGAGCCAGGGCAGUGCUGCUGCAGAAUGGGGGAAUGCACGUUUUUUAUGGUGCUGGUCCUCACACUCAGCUCCUGGUUCACCUUUCUGUACAUGUGGGGGGAAGCAAAGAAUGACUACCAUAACUUAGAUGGGUACGCUUAUGAAGCGCUCGGCUUCUGGUUCCGGUGGACGACUCUCAUCCUGAUGCUGUCGGCCUUCUUCUUCACCUACCUCCUUUUCCUUGUGAUCUUGGCUGUGUGUUUGGUGCUGGAGAGCCAACAGUUAUGUCUGCACCGGAGUCACAAGGUAAUGACGGGGAUUGGCUUAUUCAUCGCCCUUAUCGGCCUCAGCUUGAUCACCUUUCUGUGGAAACAGCAAUGGAAUACUUUUUACCUUUCAUUUCAGAUCACGGCCCCCUUUCUCCACGUGACCGCCAUAUUCAUCACGAUCCUGCUGGCGUGGCCCGUGUCGCUGCAUUUCUUCCGGAUGAAAAACAAAGUCCUGCAGGUGCUGAUCCUUGGUCCCUACCUGAGCAUCCUUCUCUUCCUCCUCUUCAUCCCACUAGGGAUGUACUCCCCCUGCAUCCGGGAGAAGGGGACUUUGGGUCCCAAGCCAGACCUGAUUGGACACAGAGGAGCACCCAUGGUGGCUCCCGAGAACACCGAGAUGUCAUUUAUUAAAACCAUUCAUCACGGGGGGAUCGGUUUGGAGACCGACGUCACAAUCAGCUUCGACGGAGUCCCGUUCCUCAUGCACGACAGAACUCUGAAAAGGACCACCAACAUCGACGAGGUCUUUCCCGCACUGGGGAACCUAGAGGCAGCCUUUUUCACCUGGCCCGUCCUGGAGAAACUGAACGCUGGGAAGUGGUUUUUCGAGAAAAGGCCGUUCUUUGGCAUGCCCAAGCUUUCACGCAAAGAUAAAAUAUGGGCAAAGAGCCAGAAGAUUUACAAGCUAAUAGAUUUUGUGAAGCUCGCUAACAAGGAGAACAAAUACAUUAUCUUUGAUCUUUACCGCCCUCCCAAGGAUCAUCCUUACAGGGAGAAAUACAUCCACCGAGUGUUGGAAGUGCUUCUGAAUGACUCCGCGAUUAAACCUGAACUGGUCCUUUGGCUGCCGAGUCGUUUGAGAUAUUAUGUUCACUCCCGGGCUCCUGGCUUCAAGCAGACCGCAUCAAGUGCGGAUUCACUUGAAGACCUCAAGUUCUGGAACAUUGUGAAAAUUAACUUGGACUACCGGCAAAUAAAUAACAUAGAUAUUCAGAAAUACGCAGAAGCAAACAUCACAACGAACUUCUGGGUGAUCAGUGAGCCGUGGUUGUUCUCCCUGGCCUGGUGCUACGGCGUUCAUUCUGUAACCACCAAUGCUGUGCACUCCUUGAACAAGCUCAAGCAGCCUUUCUUCCUCAUGACCCCCCAGGAGUACCGGACCAUGUGGAUCAUGACUGACGUGGUGGCGAUCAUCUUUAUCUGCGCCAUCUUCAUCUUCUUUUGGUGGAACGAGGCAGGCAGGUACCAUGGAGGGAAAGUGAGCGGCACGAAGCGGGGCAGCAACUUGUACAACGAAGCAGCACGGCCCGGCAGCCAUCGACCGCUCAGCCGAUUCUGGCUGUCAAAGGCCUUCAAGCAGCCUUUCCCAACAGGCCUGGGCGACUCCCGCUAUUUUGGUUCCACGUUCACAAGGCUGGAGCUUCACUGUCCCACAGUGUGA